AUGGCGGCGGCACGAAGGGGCGGUGCGGGGGCGGUGGCGCCGGCACCGCCCGGGACCGGCCCGCUGGGAGGGGGCCCCGGCUCCCCGCUACCCUCCUCUCCUGGCGGCGGCGGCCAUGGCUGGCGGGGCCUGAGGGCGGGUGCUGCUCGGCUGAGGCCCGGCACGGAGUCAGGUGGAUUCAGGUAGAUCGCAGGAGUCGGGUAAACUUGUCCAGGACACGGGAGCAAUGUCUCAACAACUCCUCUACCGUGCUCUGGUGUCUGCAAAAUGGCUUUCAGAAGCCCUCAAGUCCCAGCAAGCUGGUCUGGCCUUGAGAAUCGUGGAUGCAUCCUGGUAUUUGCCGAAGAUGAACCGUGACCCGAAGCGGGAAUUUGAGGAGCGCCAUAUCCCCGGUGCAGUUUUCUUUGACAUCGACCAAUGCAGCGACCGAACUUCACCUUACGACCACAUGAUGCCUAAGGCUGGUGACUUUGCCGAGUACGUGGGGAAGCUGGGUGUGGGGAACGAUUCCCACGUUGUGGUGUACGAUGGCAGUGACCAAGGGCUCUUCUCAGCACCAAGGGUGUGGUGGAUGUUCCGGGCCUUUGGACAUGAAGCCGUCUCCCUUCUGGACGGCGGCCUGAAGAACUGGCAGCGAGAGGGGAAUGCGCUGACCUCUGGGAAAAGUCAGGUAGCUCCUUCUGAGUUCCACGCCUCCUUGGACAAGUCCAUGGUGAAAACAUAUGAGGACAUCUUGGAUAAUUUGGAUUCCCACCGCUUCCAGCUGGUGGAUGCGCGCGCCGCAGGACGGUUCCGGGGAGUAGAGCCAGAGCCCCGAGAUGGAAUUGAGCCUGGCCAUGUCCCUGGGUCGACGAACAUCCCCUUCACCGAUUUCCUAACAGAGUCUGGCUUAGAGAAGACCCCCGAGCAGAUCCGCAGACUGUUCCAGGAGAAGAAGGUGGACCUCUUAAAGCCAGUGGUAGCCACGUGUGGCUCUGGGGUCACUGCCUGCCAUGUGGCUCUGGGGGCAUACCUGUGUGGCAAAGCAGACGUGGCCGUGUACGAUGGGGCCUGGGUGGAAUGGUACAUGCGGGCACAGCCUGAAAAUAUUCUUUCUGAGGGAAAGGGGAAGACAGUGUAAUCAACUUCUUCGUCUCCCAGCAGUGCAGAUAAUUUGCCUUGAGACAGGAUUUGGAAAAGAUGGGUUUAGCAUUCCUGGCGAAGCAACUUGAGGUGAAGGUGUUGGGUAACAAGUACAGACACAUGGUGCUUUGGCGCUUUCUCCUUACCCUAUUGCUGCUGCUGCUGCUUAGGAGCACAAAAAUGACCUGGGCAACCAGCUCUAGGUGUCCCUGCUCAAGGAGGUGGGGUGAGCCAGAUGUCCUCCCCAGGUCACUUCCAAUCUCGGCCAUUCUGUGAUUCUGUGACCUUUUUACAGUCACUCAUCAUGUUCACUCACAGGAUGGUCAUACUUGUGUAGCUGUGCCUCCUGAUCUUGCUCUCUGCCUCUGUCCUAGAAGCCAUCCGUGCACUUUAUGGACAUUUUAAGUGCAAAACUAUAGGUAAAGACGUAGCUGUUCUAUAUAGCAAAUAUGGAUUAAACCAUGACAGGCUUCCAGGCUGGCGCUUAGGUUAGAGACUUGAUUGGAUUUUUUCUUGCACUUGGACCCUAUCUGCAGCAUGUACUUAGCCAGUUUUGUACCCCCAUGGUCUAAAAUCCCCCUUGGGAAUAAGAAAAGGUUCUGGGUUUAAAAAAGGGUAAAUAAAUACAUGUUUCAAGGUA